AUGGCCGGUCCCUCUAAGUCGCCCAACAGGUUUCCCUCGGUGUCUGUCGUCGUCCCCAAGAUGGAGAUGCCCCUGAAGCAGCCCCCAACGCCGUCCCAGUCUAAGGGUACCGUUCCUAAGGCAGCCGCUCCUCCUCCGCAAACCCAAGCCAUCCCGCCCAACAACCACCCAUCCGCCGGCGCAACCGCUCCUCCAAAUGGUAUGGCGACUCCCAUCCCAGCACCGCCGGUUGCGCCUCAAGUGGGAAACAUGUCUGCCUCAGCCGAUACAUCAAUCAGCGAGACCGCGCUCCGCGAGUCCGAAAUACAGCUCGUCUCGUCUCUCGCCAAGCUCCAGAAACUCGAGUCCACCGUCCACCAGCUUCGCGACCUGCUGCCCGAUCGUCUGCUGGACCCGUUACUUCCCAUCCUCAAUCCCAGAGUGUUGAAAGAACGCGCCCUUCCCAAGUCGCCGCAGGCGCUGCUCCAACAGCUCUCACAAACGGCGCGGGCUGGCGUCGCGGAGGUCAAUGAUCUCGGGGCGACGUGGCGCGGAGACGAGAUGAAGGCCGUGUGGGAUCGGGUUCAGGGCAAUAUCAGAGAGAAUGGUGGGCAGCUGCUGCAGCCGACAGGCAUGUGGGAGCGGGAUUACAAUGUCUUGCUCGAGGAGCUGGAGGCCGAGGAGAAAGAGAGGAGGGAGCAGCAAGCCCGGGAGGAGGAGGAGGCGGAGCGGUCGAGGAUCCAGACGAUGGAAGGCGGGUGGAAGGCGGUCGUGGACGCGUUUGUCCAGCGACGGAUUCCGGGUGUCAAAGCCUUGGUCAGUCAGGAACGGACAGCCGUGGAGGUUGUGCUUGUUAAGGCUGGGAUGUCUUUCUCUGUGCGUCCGGCGGACGGGAGUGAUGGGAGUGGGGUGCCUGAUUGGGAGGUCGAAAGUAAGAGCGAGUCUCAGCCGGCUGGGACGAAGCUGGAGAGUGCCGUGGCGGACUGUUUGAAUGCUUGUCCGCGCCGGUGGGAUCUGGCGUAUUUGUUGGACCUGAUCUCUUCAUACUCCGAUAUCAAGCAGCGGCCCUGCGUCAAAUGCGGCCAGGUGAUGGAUCAGUCCGCACGCCUUCCGACUAUCCGUCAACCACAGCAGACACAAGUGGAUGGACAGGCAAUUACAAUCUGGGAGGCAUACCAUCCGAGUUGUAUCUGA